ACGCUUCUCCAGCGGCAUUUGCUUCGGAACACGCGCUUCACUGGCGCAGAGCACUCAUCAUCUCUCUUCCGCUCCCCCAAUUCCUCGCAUCCGCCGCACCGAAACCCGAAUCGGAUGCUCCCUUGCUCGCUUCGAUCACUGGCGGAUUAGUGCCGAAGUGAAGGCGCGAGGCCCUACAGAACUUCUGGCCUUGCUCCCUUCGAACGGAGGUUCUGCUUGCCUAUCUAUCUUAGCUGUUACAGCUUGUGUACAAUGACUAGUGCAAGAGUACAGGGAAGUUUAGAUUACCUUAAUUCUCAGGAGUCUGAUGAUGAAUCACAGGCCACAGCUAUUGAUACUGUAGAAAGGCUCCUAGUAGGAGAUGACAUAGAAACUUCUCAGAAAACAAGCACUGACCCAAUCAGUGGGAUAAAACCAGCUCCUAUAUUAGUCACAAAAGUAGCUCAGUGUCUGGCCAAAAGGGCCGAGUACAAUAGCCCCCUCCAAAAGUCAGGUAUAUUUGACUGGGCUGAUACUCCCAAUAAUGGCGAAUGCACAGCCAUUAUGAUUUCCAGGAAAAAACAAAGGAUCCAUGCUAACACUAAAGUGAAACAUUUGGCCUCCCAGAGAUAUGGUGGCAAUGGAUCAAGUACCAGGGCUGGGUUCAUAUCAGAUUGUAUUGGUGGUGACUCAGCCGCGGAUUCUUUUAACAAGCCAGAGCCUUUUGGUUCUACAGAUGAUUUAUCUGAAGCAUAUGAUAUUGGGCCAAGUACUCAGAUGGCAGCUGAAGCUAUGGAAGCAUUGUCCAAUGCCUCAACUGUCAAUUGUGUUGUCAGGGAGAACGUACAUCCUGAAAGUUCUGUUCUCAUAACAAAUUUGGGAAAAGAAAGGAAGGCAGAUAAGACAUGUUCAGUUGAACCACUAAUUCAAAAGCGAAUUGGUGGAAGUUCAAGCUUUUUGAAAAAGCAACCCAGCAAGUUAAAAACUAGGAACAAUCCAAAACAAAUGGCAGGGAAAGCAAAAGGAAGCGUGGACAAUGGCAGCAUGCAUGAGGUGUCCGAAGGAACCAAGGCAUCUGGUGCAAGUGUUUCAAAUAUUCUAUGUUCUGAUGCUGUAAUCCACCCUAGAAGGAAGAGAACCUAUAUGUUUAUCUCAAGAAACUCGAAAAUUCAAUUCAAUAAAGCUGGCAGCUCAGCUACAUUUACAUCCAAAACUACAGAAGUAGCAGACUCAUUGACAGCAAAAACACUUAGCACAUCUGGCCCUGAUUUCAGCAAGCAUGCUGGAGUGGAAAAGCAACCCACAUCUGCACAGGAAGAUCAGAACUCUAUUUUAUCACACAGAGUACCACUGAUAGAGCUAAAUAGCGCUGGCCCCCAAUCUAGGACACAGAUGUCAAAGAAACCACUGAAGAGAGGCCUUCUGAAAUCUCAAGGUUCCCGAGAACUUGCCAGUCUGUUCAGAAAUGAAGCAUCUCCAGUUUUGCAAUUGAGCAGGCGAAGGAGAAAUAUGUCCAACGUACGUGUUCUGUUCAGCCAAAGCAUGGACAAGGAAACAAUAAAAAUGCAAACAAAGAUAUUGACGUACUUUGGAUUACCUGCGGCGACGACUACUACAGAGGCUACACACUUUGUUGCUGAAAAGUUUGCCCGUACAAGGAACAUGCUAGAAGCAAUGGCUAUGGGGAUACCUGUAGUCACACCAUCAUGGCUUGAAUGCUGUGGUGAAGCAAGGUGCUUCAUGGAUGAAAAGAAAUACAUUAUGAGGGAUAUGAAGAAGGAAAAGGAACUAGGCUUUAGCUUGCCUGUUUCAAUAGGCAGAGCCUGCAAAAAACCAUUGCUUGAGGGUAGAAGAGUACUAAUCACGCCAAAUGCCAAGCCUAGCAAGGAGCUUCUGAAAAGUUUAGUGGCAGCAGCUCAUGGUCAGCCAUCGGACAGAAUCACAGCCUCUACAAUAAAGAACAAGAAGUUUGAGGGGGCCUUUGUCAUCUCUUGUGAACAAGACCGCAGUGUCUGUAUGCCAUUAAUUAGGAGUGGUCUCCAAGUCUUUGACUCAGAGCUUCUGCUGAAUGGUAUUGUCACUCAGAAGCUCGAGUUCGACAGGUAUCGCCUUUUCCAUGAAAAAACCAUUUGAGCAAGAUCUGUUUAGGUCAGGUACUGUGCAAGGAAAACAAAGCACUUUGUGUACAUAUGCAUCCUUAUCGUGUUCUCCAGUUACUCUUAUGAUCCCCUGCACACUCUUGCCUGUAUUUAUCGUUGGAGCCUCUGGCCCUUACCAUGAAUGAUCGCGUGCUUCGUUUGGCU